AUGCCUCAAUCAUGUUCGAUCGAGAAAUGUACCCGUAUAUCACGGUGGCUGUGUGACUGUUGCCAACAAAAUCUUUGUUUACAACAUUUAAAUGAACAUAAUGCUGCGCUUAUUUCUCAACUCAAUCCUUUGAAUGAAAAGCUUAAUUCAAUUGAAGAUUGUCUUGAUACACUAAUUAUUCAAAAUAUAAUUGGUAAUAGUCGUGAAAAACUUGAACAAUGGCGUCAAGAUUGUUAUAAGAGGAUCGAUCAUUUUUUUGAACAAAAAUGUCAAGAACUUGAUCAACUUAUUAAUGAAACAAUUGGUCAACAACGAGAGGAACUUCAUCAAAUACAAUUGAAGAUAACUGAACUGAUUAAUGCACAAGAAACAACUCGUGAAGAUAUCGAUUUAUUGACAUCAGCGAUUGAUGAAAUUGAAAAAAAUAUGAACAAUAUUGAAGAAACAUGUUUGAUGAUUAAUACUCAUCCAUUACUCAUAGAUGAUAACCUUGUUUUUAUAGAGAAAACAACUAAACAUGAACUUGACUUAUCAACUCUUUCACCUGUCUACAGAAAAAUUCGUUAUUCUAAUGGAAGUUAUAUAAUACUAACUGGCAACGAUCGAUACUUAUUAAUACAUCAAUAUCCAGAUUUAUGUUUGUUUGAUCAAGAACUGGACAUAGUUAAACAAACGUUAUGGUCAAAUGGUGAGAUUCGAGAUAGUUGCUGGUCAUCAACGUUAGAUCGAUUCAUUGUGUUUGGACAAAAUAACAUCUUUCUCAUUGACGAAAAUACAAUGUCCAUUGAUUACAUACAGACAGUUGAAGAACGAUACUGGAUAUCGUGUACAUGUUCUGAUACAGUUCUCUUUGCAUGCACAAACGAGCGUGCUUCAUCUAUUAUGAAAUUCGCAUUAUUACCAGCAGUCGAAUUGACUACAGAAUGGAAAUGCCCUCGAAUAUGUAGCAAUGAUGAAAUGAUUGAUGAUAUUAUUCACAAUAAUGGAAAUCUUGCUCUAACGGUGAAGAAUAUCUUCGAGAAAUCAGUGCGCAUUGAAUUGAUAGAUGCAAAAACCUUCGAUCGCAUCUGGACAUGUCCACUUGAUAUUAGGUACGACCAAAAGAUACCAUUUCGUUUUUGUUCACUCACUUUUAAUCAAUGGCUCAUUGUCGAUCAUGAAACUGGAAGUCUAAUCCAUAUUACAAAAGACGGAACAAUAAAGAAAACAAUUCAAUAUGACUCGAAGCCCUAUGAUGCUGUUCUGGUUGACUUGAAUAUACUAGCUAUAUCCACUAUGGAUGGUGUAUAUCUGCAUAUAUUUCAAUCAAAUGAAUGA